GAACUUUAAGCGCCUUUAUUUUGAAUACAACAUUUUUGUAGCUUUUGUUUAUAGAGUUUCUCUUAAAAAUGGAUAAUAAUGAUAUUCCAAUAAUAACUGAUACUGAAGCGGAGACAAGUAUUGAGCAGGAUCCUGAAGAAAAAAUUGCAACAAUUGCCAGCAAUGCAACUCAAAAUAUAACAAAAAGUUUAUUUAACUUGACAUUGGAAAAUUUCGAAGAUGAAGAAGAGCAAAACAGCUUAGAAUUCAAAGCUUAUGAAUCUCGUUUGCAUCAGGAGAUGAAGGAUUGGAAAACACUGCUGCGCCAAACAUACAGUGACUUGAAGAAGGCCAAACAAAAACAUCCGAUUAUUGAUAAAUCAGUAUUAUCACAUGAGAAAAUAAAAUACUUGGAAAAGGCACCUUGCUUGCAAAACUUCAUAAGAGAAUCUCUGGAUUUUCGGCAUCAGGCUUAUAUAUUUUUGGAAUUAGAUUAUGCCGAUACAAUGGAUAUGAUAAGAAAUUUGGAAGAUCAAUGUGAGCACCGUUUAAAUCAGGUUAUGGCAGAGAAAAUCAGAGAAAACCUGGCUAGCUUUUCAAAAAACCGAACGAGACAAUUCUAAAAUAAUACAACAAACAAUUUUUUUUUAAAAAUAUACUUAGUUAUACAUACAUACGUGUCAGUAUAUAAUUUUAUAAAACUAGUAAACUAUUAAAACUAA